CCGUCUGCCUGGGAAGCAGUUGACAGCAGUUAGGAGCAGGCCGAAUUGGGUAAACAAAACAAACAUAUGAUAAAAGGAGCCUAAACAACCUACAAUUUGAUUCUACUUUCACAAACGUAUGAUAUGUAAUCAUUCUAAAUCAGUUUGAAGCCAGUUGAGGUAAAAAUUGAAAGCUUAAAGUAGGAGUGCACCUCUUAAAGCUAAUAUUUAACCUAGCUAACGUGUGCUAGCACGUUACUAAGCUAGCUGGCUCGUUGAACUCGCUCAGGUUAGCUGUGCCAGCCAUGUCGUCCCCGUCCUCCUCCAGGCGCCAGUGGUGCUACCUUUGCGACCUGCCAAAGAUGCCGUGGACUGUGGUGUGGGACUUCAGCGAGGUGGUCUGCCGUGGCUGCGUAAACUACGAGGGAGCUAAUCAGAUUGAGUUCCUGAUAGCGAGUGCCCGACAACUCAAACGAACCCACGGGAUUCAGGACGGUAACGUCAGGUCACCGGGCCCCUCGCCCAAUAAACACGGCACAUCUGGUAGAGGAGAUGGGUCUACGGACGGGGGCAGGCCACAAAUGGACCGAUUCGAAAGGGGAGGAAGAGGUGAAGGCACUGUGUCAGCUAUUCGUGUGCCGCCCAACGGGAUGCACCGGGACGGCCAGCAGCCUCAAGAGUUGAACCGUCAGAGCCCCGGCGGCAGCCGGAGACCCAUGCUAGGCGCUGCUAUCCCUCCUAGUCUAGUAACUCAAAGCAUGGCUGGGAUUCCACACGGGCUACUUGCGGGCAUGCCUGCUGGUCUGACCGCCAGGACUGCUCCCAUGAGCAGCCCCAUGAUCUUCCCUGCGCCGGUGCUGGCCGAGAUGAGCCGCAGACAGCUGGGGAUAGGGAUGGGGAUUGCCCCUUUCAUCACCCCGGAGCUGGAACGAGAGCUCAGUUCGUCCCAGAACCAGGCCAAGAUACAACCCCAGGUUCACACUGCUGUGGCUGGCAACAGCGCCAGCAAGAACGCAGGCAUGCCUUCCUCGUCCUCGACCCCGGCUGGAGGUGUGAGCCAGACCAGUCCCAAGCCUGCCUCGUCUCCAGCCAGGCUGCCACGCCUCACACCCUCAAGGUCUGGAGGGGAGCCCCUGGGAUCCAGCACCUCAGCGGAAGCGGCCACCACAGCCGCGGCGUUACCCCACAGUGGGGCUUCUGAGCUGGGAUCAGCAUCUGCCAACAACACCCAUUCAACUGGCAACACUCUGUCCUGCACCUUGUGCCAUGAGAGGCUGGAAGACACACACUUUGUUCAGUGUCCAUCGGUGCCAGGGCAUAGGUUCUGCUUCCCGUGCACCAGAGUGUACAUCCAGAGCAGGCGAGGCGAUGGGGAGGUGUACUGCCCCAGCGGAGAGCGCUGUCCAUUGGACAUCUCGCCCAACAGUCCCCCUUGGGCCUUCAUGCAGGGAGAAGUCUCAACCAUUCUUGGAACCGCUGGAGCCCCCUCAGCUGCCGCACCGGGAGCAGGGAACGGGCCCGGAGCCGCAGCCGGGAGCGGAGCCGGCAGUGGAGACGUCACUGUCAAGAAAGAGAGAGAGACGUGAUGAUGGUUUCUAUGGAAACCAAACCAGGACCUGAGACAGAACAGAGUCGUAUCAAAUACGUCAAGGAGUCGUCUGCAAUGGACCUCUGCGAGACCCUCAUGAGAAGCAACGCAGCAAUCCACGUGCAGAAAACCUCCAUUGCAAAGGUCUUGACUCCAGCUGCUCACACCGCCAAAUUUGAUCAACAUUUAUCAGACUUUGCGUUUAAGAAUGCACUGUGUGAGCCAGAUAAUCAGGGCCAAUCAGGCGCUGAACAGUUGCUACUUUUUGUCGAGUCAGUAGUAUCCUGAAAGAUUGGUGCCCACUUUAGCCCCCUCAGAUAGCGUGGAAAUAAACAGGCUCAAGCUACAUGUAGAUUGUCUCACUUUUCUACAAACAACAACGUACACCACCAUCGCAAUCGUAUGAGAGAUGCUGUCGCCACAAUAAAUAUGUUCACACGCAACCCGAAUUUGCACGGUAAGAAACGGUUUUAUAUAGUAUAGCUACAUUAGCUGUUUUGUUUAGUUAUCGUUUAUCCUUCCAAAUUACCCUUCUCGAGCUCACAAAUAGUAGCUACGGUGCAGGGUUUGUUGUAGCAGUACACUAAAUAUAUUGAGGGCAGAGAAGCGUGUUUCGACAAAAUCCAACGCAAAAAAACACAAACCUGCAGCCCCGGUUGUUCCGUAUCUUUGUCGCUGAUGAACAAGCUGUUGCAUGCAGCAGGAGGUCAGACGUCAUCCGACAAAAUUCAGGCUGCUCUGAGCUGCAACUAGUCACUGAAAUAUUUUACCUUGCCAUUUAAAUUCCAGGACAGUUAUUGUGAAAAGGUCUACCUUAAAUGUAAAUACAAAAUAUAUAGUACAUGGGUACAAUCUGACAUAUUUUGUUCUUUUUUUCUAAUCAAAACGGAGGAAAAUAAAAAAAUGUUAAGACAAUACAUGUAAGCCAACAUACGAUAAGGACAGAAUGCCAAGUAAUGAUAUUUCUAUGUUCCAACGUUUGUUUUAUGUUUAAAUAAAGCUGUCUUUGACUCAGCGUUUAUAAACAAGCAUAGACCAGAUCUUUAUAUAAAUGUUGCUUUCAUACGAGAUCCAGCCCAGCCUACGCCUUACCCUGAAUGUAUAUGAAAAGAUAUCUAUUGAUAGGCCUAGGAAUAUAUUUUAUACUAGAAUGUUUACUGUUCUAUACUGUAUAGAUAUGAUAGUAUGUACAAUUCUUAGUCAUAUUAUAUGCAACGGUUUGGAAUAUGUGAUUAAAAAUGAUUGUGUAUCAUUUCCAAAAAACAUUUUUUUUUCAAACUGAGAACACCCAACAGCAGACGUAAUAAUAAGAAUUGAUAUUAUAAUAAUAUUAUAUAUUAUUAUUAUUAUGAUGAUGUAUUACUUCCAACCUAAAGAGAGACAGGACACAUUUUGGACUAAUCUUAUAGUCUUAUAUCUGGUUUUAAAACCAUCAAUAUUGGCACAUGGACAUUAAUUGGUAUUGAUUUGAGCAAACAAGCGCCCGGUCUGUAACACUUUGUUCUCGAUUUAUUUGUU